AUGUCUAGUCCUGCUAUCACAUUCGUCACUGGUAAUGCUAAGAAGCUAAAAGAAUUUCAAGCCAUCAUUGGUGAUGAUUCAAUCAGAAAUCAAAGUGUUGAUCUUGAAGAAGUUCAAGGUUCAAUUAAAGAUAUUUCAACCAAAAAGGCAAUUGCAGCUGCUGAAGUCAUCAAAGGUCCUGUUUUAGUUGAAGACACAUGUCUUGUUUUCAAUGCAUUGUCUAAACCUGAAUUAGAAUUACCGGGUCCAUAUAUUAAAUGGUUUGUGGAAUCAGUUGGUGUUGAAAACUUACCAAGAUUAUUAGCUGGUUUUGAAGAUAAAUCUGCUCAAACUGUCUGUACUUUUGCGUUCACUGAAGGCCCAGGUAAAGAAGUCAAAUUAUUCCAAGGUAUAACUGAAGGUAAAAUUGUCGAACCACGUUAUAAUGGUGAAGAAGUUUUCGGCUUUGAUCCAAUUUUUGAACCAACUGGAUUUUCUCAAACUUUUGGUGAAAUGGAUAAAAGUUUGAAAAACACAAUCAGUCAUAGAUACAGAGCUCUAGAGAAAGUUAAAGAGUUUUUGAAAACUAGAGAUUGA